GCUCCACAGAGGCUGGGAUCCAUAGCUCCGACGACAGCAAAGAAAGGACUUCGGUCGAGCCAAGGACAGAUUCAGACAUGGCUCCAAGGAGACCCCGCCCUGCACUUCUGCUGCCCCUCAUCCUGCUGGCCACCUGCCUGGCCCUGGCCAGCGGGAAGCCAUGGGUCGAGCUGAACAAAAUAUUCCAAAAGCAUCACGUGGAUUAUCCACGGACCGUAGUCCCCAAUCCCCUCUCCUAUUGCAACACAAUGAUGAAGAAACGGGGAUUAUAUGGGACACCAGUGAACACCUUUAUCCAUGCACUCCCUCUAUCCAUCAACAGCAUCUGCUUAAUUGGGACGCCCCGCCCAGAUGGCCUACGCGAGAGCAGAGCUUUCUUCACUGUCACCAUCUGCAGAUAUAACCCUCGGAUCCGUUCCUAUAGUGGGACAUAUGUUUCCAGGAGAAUUGCCAUAGGCUGCUGGAACAGACUCCCUGUGUACUACAAGGAGUAGAAGUAGCAACCAACCUGGGCAUGGCAAGAAAGCAGGGAACCCUGCUGAUUCAUCUGCUCCCUCUCUGCCUCUCCCACACAGGCUAUGGCACCUGGCUCCUCACCCACCUCUGAACACUAGUCAGAUGGUUUAGGUGUGUUUUCACCCCUCACCCUCCUCUUCCCCUUGUGCCCAUUACACAGUAUAGCUGCCCCUUCCCCACCUCUCACUCUCUGCCUUCCACUAGUGCCCAUUACACAGUAUGGCCACCCCUUCCCCACCUUGUACUCCAUGCUGCCUACUGACCAUCU